AUGCAUUGGACCAAUCUCCUCCCUCUCCUAUUUUUUGCCCACUCGCCGGUAGCCUCAGCUCUCAGCGCCGCCCGAGUAUGGGCCAACUUCUCUCCCCAGUGCCCCGCCGAUGACCACACCUCUUAUCCAGAUGAUCCCAAUCUCAAAUUGCACGAAGAAUUCACAACAGCCGUCGAUGUGGUCGCUGGGAAAUGCCAGGAAGUUCCUGUCCCUCUUCGAUACACCAUGGAGGUAGAUCACGUCUCAAUUGACGCCGAGCUCUUCUGGCAGGAAAGCCUAGACCAAUGCACUAUUGCUGUGCACGAAUUGCCGGGCUGCACCGAACCGCCACUUAUACAAAAGGAGAUUGGACGUGGGAAAGCACUCAGUGAGUGUGAAGAGCGGAACUUUGCCACGUUCACUCAGGUUUGGGUGAAGUUAGAGUGUGAGAAGAUGAAGCCGGUUCCUCAUGGCAUCGCUUCUUGGUAUCAUGGGAGACUUUCAAAUUAUACGGGGAGUGCUAAUACUAUUGGAAAUCACAACAAUACUGGGGAUCACAAUAGCAACAGUCCCAACAGUGGGACUGGUAUGUCCCACAGCAGUAUGUGGAAGAAGAUUGGGGCGCGACUUAUGCCGUCCUAA